AUGGGUGUAUUCAGUACUGCCGUUAUACUAGCCCCGACCCGAUAUUACGCAGCAAGAUGUAUUCAACAAAUUGGAGAAGCCCCGCACCCAAGGAGAACCGGCGACGCCACAGCAGCAUUCCUGCUGACCCCAACAAGUGCCUCCCAAGCUAAGCAAGCCCUGAAGGCCAAGCAAAAGCUGCCCUGCUGCCACACCAGCUCAGCCCAACAGGCUAGCUCGGGUCGCUUCUCAGAUAUUGUAUUAGCGGGUGACUUGAACUCCGAUAUGCUGGGAGACGAUUACUACGCUCGCCACCUGCGGCGGUUGAUUCUUGAGAAUUCGAUGUACCUCGCGCCUACAGGAGCAACGCACCAUUGUCCGUCGGCCGAUACUUGGAUCGAUGUGAUAGUAACAAAUUCAAGUGAAGUGGUGCGGUCUGUGGUGUCGUCUGAUGCUCCAUACAUCAACGGUCACGAUUAUUUGUACAUAGAUUACGCUUUGAGUGAGCCAUCGGUGAGGGUUUUGCCAAGGAUACGUGAGUUUCGACACUUCUCGGCUGAGGAUUUCUCGGCUGCGGUAUCGUCGGGGUUGGCAAGGGUCGAUGUGGAUGAUGGUGUGGACGUGGAUACAUUACUUGGGCACUUCCAGGAAGUAUUGAGGUCGUCUCUGGAUAUCCAUGCGCCGCUGGUGGAGAGGAGGCAGCAUCGUAGGCCGGUGCCCUGGUUUAAUGCGGAAUUGCGUGAGCGUUGUAGGGCGCGUGAUCGUGUGUAUAUGAUUGCUCGCCGCACCGGUGAUCCUGGCUGUCUGCUGCGGUAUCGAGGUCUGAGGUCGGCCCUGAAGCGAGACAUAAGAGAGGCGCGAGAGGAGUAUCUGCGUCGUGCCUUGGAGGGUGCACGGGAGCCAUCCCAGCGAUGGAGUAUUCUCCGUAGAUUUGGAAUAGUUGGAGGCUCGCAGCUAUCACCAUUGCAUUUUAUUUCACCCGUGGUGCUGUCCCGGCACUUCUCGGCGAUGUCUUGUACUCACUUGCCGUGCACUGUGUGGGAGCUGGAGGGAAUCUUGGGUGAUGCUGGUGCCCGGCCUGACGGCUUCUCAUUGGCUCCGGUGUCGUUUGUGGGCGUGUCUCAGGCGAUGGCACAUUGCAUGGUUCGUUCACGGGGUAGAAGUUUGGAUGGGCUGUCCCUCUCAUAUUUUCGUGGCUCUCUUGCCGCAAUUGUGCCGUUCCUCACCGGCCUUAUCAAUCGCUCGUUUGAAUCUUGUAGGUAUCCUGCACCUUGGCGUCGGUCUGUGAUUGUGCCGCUCUCUAAGAUUGCGCAACCCAUUGGCCCUUCUGAUGUGCGUCCUGUUGCGAAUAUGGCGCAUUUUGCGAAGGUUCUGGACGUUCUUGUGUCGCGACAGGUGGUGGCUUACUUGGAGGGUCAGAGACUCCUUUCGCCCAUGCAAUCGGGUUUCCGGAGGGGCCAUAGCACGCAGUCAGCUCUACUUAAGUUGACGGAGGAUGUUCGCGUUGGGAUGGAGGCCGGAAAGGUCACGAUUUUGGUGCUGUUUGAUUUCAGGCGUGCAUUCGAUUCCAUCAGCCAUGUGGUCCUGCUAAAGGCUAUGAGCAGGAUGAACUUCUCUCCGGACGCUAUUAGGUGGUUCCACUCGUACUUGUCUGACCGAUCGCAGGCCGUUGUUGGGCUGGAUGGGGUGCAGACUGAUUUUCUGCCGUGUACGUCGGGUGUGCCUCAGGGCUCUUCUUUGGGACCAAUUUUGUUUUUAAUUGUAAUAGAUUCUAUUUUGGCGGUGCUGUCUCAUAGUACGGGAAUACUUUUUGCUGAUGAUUUGCAGGCGUAUAUGCAAUGCAGGCCUUCAGAGAUUGCUGGAGCUGUGGGUAGGUUCAAUGAGGAUAUCGGGAGGGUUGUAGCCUGGGCAUCUGAGUUUGGUCUUCAGCUCCAUUUUGGAAAGUUGCGUGCUAUGCUUCUGACUACUUGGAAGGUGAUUCCACUUGUUAGUUCGGUUAAGGACUUAGGGGUGACGUUGUCGAGUGACCUUUUAUGGAAUGCCGACGUUGCAGCAAUAUGCUCAAGGGUGCAUGGUGUGUUGUGUCGUCUCCGGUAUCAGGGUGGCACUCUGUCAUUCCGACUUAGAGCUGCUCUUGCUGUGAGUCUUGUUGUUCCCCACUUCGAUUAUGCCUGCUUAGUCUACAUGGGUAUUUCAGGGUACCUGGCCACCAAGCUCGAUCGUCUGUCUAAUACUGUUGUUAGGAGAUCAGCAGUGCCCGUUCAUUUGCAAGUUCUUAUAAGUUUAAGAUUUUUGGCUGAAAGAGGUUUUUAA